AUGUCAAACAUAACGGAUAAUGACACAAAUAUUGGAUCCUCACGAGGCGACGCUUCGACUACAUCGGGAGAUGUUGUCGGCGGUCUCACCGGCUCCGAUAGUUCGGAUAGUUCGUCCGCGUCGGCCCUGAUGAUGACUCUGCUACCCGCACUCGUAUACGCGCUCUUCUGGAUCAGCCUGUUUCUAAUAUUUCGGCGAACGCAACGUCGAUGGUAUGCGCCACGAUCCUACCUGCCUGAUCUUCACGAGCAUGAGCGAAGCCCUGAGCUGCCCUCUGGCUGGGUUAACUGGCUGGGGACAUUUCUCAAAAUCGAGGACAACCAUGUUCUACACCACUCAUCACUGGAUGGUUACCUGUUUCUGCGAUUUUUACGAGUCCUAGCCGCGACAUGUCUGACAGGCUGCUUGAUCACAUGGCCUAUCCUACUACCACUCCAUGCUACUGGCGGCAAUGGCAACUCACAACUGGAUAUUCUGAGUUUCAGCAAUGUCGCCAACCCAAGCCGAUACUAUGCGAAUGCGAUUGUGGCAUGUAUUUUUUUCAGUAAGCCCGAGCCAUCGUCAUUCAGUCAUCGAUGGCUAACUAGCACAGCGUUUGUGUUCUACGUCGUGGUUCGAGAAAGUCUCUAUUACGCAAAUUUGCGACAGGCGUAUCUGAACUCCCCUGCCUACGCAUCGCGGAUGUCAUCCCGUACUGUUCUAUUCAUGUCAGUUCCGGAUGCCUACAAGAAUGAAAAGAAGCUUCGACAGGUAUUUGGAGAGUCCAUUCGUCGAAUCUGGAUAACUUCAGACUGCAAGAAGUUAGACAGACUGGUCAGCGAGCGAGACAAACUCGCCGAAAAGCUAGAAACGGCGGAAACAAAGUUGAUCCGCAUUGCUAACAAGGUCCGCCUGAAGGAACUCAAGACUGAAUACGCGAUCGAUACAUGCUUGGACUGCGAAUCGAGCAACCCGGCAUGGUCUCAUAAGGUCAAGCGGCCCAUGCAUCGACUCAAGUUCUUCGGCAAGAAGGUUGACUCCAUUCACUGGUACCGCGCUGAACUGAAGAAGAAGAUCGAAGAAGUGGCUGCUUUACAAACUAAGCACCAGAACAACGAAGCUACUCAGUUGAGCGCGAUCUUCGUUGAAUUCAACAGCCAGGCCGAUGCCCAAGUCGCUCUCCAGACCUUGUCGCAUCACCAGCCAUUCCAUAUGACCCCUCGCUUUAUUGGCGUUUCACCCCGCGAGGUGGUGUGGUCAGCGCUAAACCUCAGUUGGUGGCAACGAAUUGUACGAAGAUUUGCUGUCCAGGGAUUUUUGGCAGCCCUGGUUAUCUUUUGGUCAUUCCCUGCUGCGAUUGUUGGGGCAAUUUCGAACGUCACAUAUAUUUGCAAAAUCAUCCCUUUCCUGAGAUUCAUCCUCGAUUUACCAGAGGUUCUCAAAGGCGCAAUCGAGGGUCUUUUGCCAGCGGCGGCGCUUGCGGCGUUGAUGUCGUUGGUGCCCAUCAUUUGUCGAGUGUGCGCUAGACGGGCCGGUGUUCCUUCAAAAGCACGCGUGGAGUUGUUCACUCAAAGUGCCCACUUCGUCUUCCAGGUGGUGCAAGUGUUCCUGGUUACGACAUUGACAUCGGCUGCAUCGGCUGCCACAGCUCAGAUCAUUCAGAACCCCUUGUCAAUCAAGGAUCUUUUGGCGGAAAACUUGCCCAAAGCCACCAAUUUCUAUAUAUCUUACUUCAUACUCCAAGGACUGAGUAUGAGCUCCAUGGCCCUUGUUCAAAUAGCGAGCGCUCUGGUGUUCAAAUUUGUCACCACAUUUUUUGCCUAUUCGCCUCGUCGUCUAUUCCAACGAUGGGCGGAGCUAGGUAGUCUCAGUUGGGGAAAUGUUUUCCCUGUUUUUACCAACAUGGCUGUCAUCGCAUUAACCUACUCCUGCAUUGCUCCCCUGAUCUUGGGAUUCGCGUUCCUCGGACUUUACCUUGUAUACCAAGCCUAUCGAUACAAUUUCCUCUUCGUCUACGACAUUGAAAUCGAUACCAAAGGCCUAGUUUAUCCACGAGCUCUUUCGCAUCUAUUGACCGGUCUCUACCUAGCCGAGAUAUGCAUGAUUGGCCUAUUCGCCAUCAAAGGUUCUAUUGGCCCGGUCAUUAUCAUGGCGGUGUUCCUAGUUGGCAACAUCUUGGCACACAUGUCCCUCAGCGAAGCACUGGCUCCCCUCAAUACCUUCCUACCCAGAUCCCUCGACGCAGAAGAAGAAAUGCUCCAAGAAAAGGAAGACAGAGUUGCAGAAAUCAACGAACAGCGUCGGCCACGCGCAUUGGCUUUCUGGAGAUGGUUCCACCCAAACGUGUAUAAGGAUUAUGCAGCAUUGCGCCGAAAGAUCCGUCGCAAUGUUCACGAAAUCUCUUACACCCCUGAAGAAAUGCGCACGGCAUACUUUGAGCCAUCUGUGGCAUCUCCGCCGCCAACUCUGUGGAUUCCUCGCGACAAAUGGGGUUUCAGUAAUCAUGAGGUUAUGGAAACCGAUGAUUCGAUCUUCAUCACUGACAAAGGUGCGCAUUUGGAUGAGAAGAACAAGAUCGUCUGGGACAAAUAUGAUCCUCAUCUUCCACUGCGCGAAUUGAAGAUUUUGUAUUGA